UGUCUCGGCACGAACGACCAGGCUGGAAGGGAGGACCCGAAGGGAUGGAAAGCACACAAAGCCACUUUCAAUCUUUGCGUUCAAACCCACAAUUCAUCCUACAAUGCUUCUGGGAUGCAAACUACCGUCCUCUCGGAAGGGUUGAACGCGAAGUGGACAAUUGAAAGUCACUUGACAGGUGACGAAUUCUGCACUGAGUUGCCCGAUACGACCGACAGAUUUUGUAUAUUCGGCCGUACUCUGACAACGAUAUCUGGGCAGCUGGCCAUUACUCUGGACAUCAAAGCCUACUGGGGUGGACUGGGUGAUCAUUACUACGUCUAUUCCAAUUGGGCGCCAAACCUGGGUUUCGAUGUUCUUGGUCCAGAUCCAGGCGUAUGUAACCAUGAUGCGGACCAUGGUAUCAAAGGUUACGAGCGCCGCAUGGAUAGCAUAGCUGCAAGUUUAUCUAAUACAUUCCGCACAGCCCAUAGCAGCAUUACUACGGCUGGCAUAGCUUAUAAAAAAGAGCCUGUCAUCCAAGUGACCUUCCUAUGGCUGAUCUUUCCAAUUGUACUACAUCUCCUAAUAUCUGGUUUCUUCAUCACGACAGUAUCUCAGACACGAGAUUUGCCCUACUGGAAAUCCUCCGCGCUUGCGCUAUUGUGGUGUGAAGAGACUGGAAAUAAUCGACUCUCGACACCAGAUCAAAUAAAGACGCGCGGGGAGCAAGCCAAAGUAGAAUUAUUAGAUGAAGGUAAUUCAUGGCGGCUGACAGAGACUUAGAAGGUGUUGAGGUUUAUCGAAUCGUCCACUUUCUUGCUUUCUUCUUCACAUCUACUCCUAAGUCUAACUAGCAGAUUCAGACACUAGAAUCUUCGUCUCAAUUGACAAAUUAAAUAUCUAAGCUUCCAUGCGAAGUCACAAGCUA